AGUUUGAAUUUCGCAUUGCGAACAAUUGCGUCGUCGGAUAAGAACAGAAAAGUCUCGGCUCAAAAAAGAUAACGAAAUGGAAGAUCGUAACAUUACGGAGGAAGAUCGCGUUUGCCCACAACUCCCUGAGUUUGAUGAACAAGCGAAUGUUCAAACGGAUUUGAAGAAAAUGAAACCGGGAGAUGCAAUUGGAAAGAAUUGGAAAGUGGUGAAAGCAAUUCAAUCGGAUAAAGGAUUCAAUACAAUCUACGUGGCGGAGCAUGUGCAAAAGAAGAAGAAGAUGGCAGCCGUUAAGGUUGAAAGAAAGACGGAGGCCAUCAAGAUGCUCCAAUUCGAGCUUUUCGUCUUGUUGACAGUUGAGAAGAAAAACCAAUGCAAACAAUUUUGCAAACUGUUUGAGAAAGGAAAUGAGAAGGAGUACAACUGGAUUGCAAUCACCCUUUGUGGAAAAAGUUUGAGGGCUCUGCGCAAAAACCAGCCAACUGGAAAACUAACGGUUGCAUGCGGAUUGAGUGUUGCCCAACAAUGCUUGAAAGGUCUUGAAGAGCUUCAUCGAAUGGGAUUCAUCCAUCGCAACGUUGCUCCGUCCGUAUUUGCAAUUGGAAGAUACACUGGUGACAAUCAAUCUGAUUUAAGAAAUAUCUAUAUUCUCGACUUUGGAUUUGCUCAUCAGUACAUGAUUAAGGAUGGAACACUGAAACCUCCGUCAGCUCAUCCAUGGAAAUACGUGGGAAGUCUUCGUCAUAUGCCACGUGCCGCAUAUUCGAAAGUGGAAUUCUCAAGAAUGGAAGACUUGGAAAUGUGGUUCUAUAUGAGUGUUGAGCUGGUUAAGGGAUGUCUUCCGUGGGCUCAUUUGAAGAAACCAAAAGAAGUGCAUGACUAUCAAAAGUUGUGCCGAAAUGGUCUUCAAAUGCGUGAAAUGCUCGGAGGUCUUCCACCAGAAUUCGUCGACAUUAUGCAAAUAGUUGACAAACUUUCAUUCACCGACACUCCGAACUACACAGAAAUCUACGGACUUCUCACCAACGCGAUUCUCUUCAGUGGCAAAAAUGAAUUCCCGUACGAUUGGGAGGAGGCUGAGAUCAACGAGUUCAAGAAUCCGCAGAAGCCAAGUGUGGAGCAGGCAACCUAAUAGCUCUCUUUCUAUGGAAAUAAAUUGACUUUUUUGAAUA